AUGUCGGUCCUCCUCGAGACCACCGUUGGCGACAUUGUCAUCGACCUGCUUGUUGAGCAUGCGCCCAAGCUUUGCGAAAACUUUCUCAAGCUUUGCAAAACCAAGUACUACAACUUCGCCCCCGUCCACUCGGUCCAAAAGAACUUUUCGUUUCAGACUGGCGACCCCCUCGGCCCUCUCUCAGCAGCCUCCGAUGGCGGCUCUUCGAUAUGGGGCAACAUCUCUCGCGAUUCGCGUGACCGCACCUUUCCUGCGCUAUUCCAUCCCAAGCUCAAGCAUCUGGAGCGCGGCACCGUUAGCAUGGCAACGGCCCCAGACACCUCCGACCCAGAUACUCGUGUGGCUGGUUCCCAGUUCAUCAUCACCCUUGGAGAGGACACGGACUUUCUGGACGGCAAGGCUGCCAUAUUUGGCAAGGUUGUCGAGGGGUUCGACGCUCUAGAAAAGAUCAACGACGCCAUUGUCGAUGACAAGGGCUACCCACUUGUCGAUAUUCGCAUCAAACAUACCGUCAUCCUGGACGAUCCGUACCCGGAUCCAAAUGGUCUUCGUGAGCCAAGUGCUAGCCCCCAGCCGACUGAACAGCAGCUUAAGACGGUGCGUAUUGCCGACGAGGCAGCGCUUCAUGAGGAUGACGGCGUCGACGAAGAAACACUCGAGCGCAAGAGACGCGAGCGUGAGGCGAACGCGCAGGCGCUCACUCUGGAAAUGAUGGGCGACUUGCCGUUUGCGGAGGUGAAGCCACCCGAGAACGUCCUCUUCGUCGCCAAGCUAAAUCCCGUGACGGCUGACGAAGACCUUGAGCUCAUCUUUGGACGCUUUGGCAAAAUACUCAGCUGUGAAGUCAUCCGCGAUGCCAAAACCGGCGACUCACUUCAGUAUGCUUUUAUAGAGUACGAUGAGAAGGCAUCCUGCGAAGCUGCCUACUUCAAGAUGCAGGGUGUCCUUAUUGACGACCGGCGCAUCCAUGUUGAUUUCUCUCAGAGUGUGAGUAGAAUCAGCGAUGUUUGGCGAAAAAAUGCCAACAAUAAACGUAGAGCCAACGCGUCCCGCGGCGGAUGGGGUGGCGUGGACGAACUCGAGAAGCGCCGACAGUACAGGGAGGAGGCUGAUCGGCCAACGGGUAGAAGCUACGGCAUGGUUUAUGGCAACGAAGAAAUGCGCGGCCGACACGAGCGUGCUGGAGCGGAUCAAGGGCGUCGCCGGGGCGGCGAGGACGCUGGUAGAGCUGACCCUACGGAAAGCAAGACUGGCCACGACCGGGAAAGAGACUUCCGCCGACGGAGCAGAAGCCAAAGUCCACGCAGGCGAGACCGUAGCCCUGAUCGUCGCAACAGAGGCUGGGCAAGUGGCCGCGAGGGCGAUGGACGUAGAAGAGACGACGACCGCAGGGACUACCACCGCCGAGAUCGGGACCGUGAUGGACGUCGCGAUGACAGACGGAGGUAG